GCGGGUGAAGCAGGCGAAGAUGAUUCUGGUGGAGAUGAGCCAACAGAGAGUGAAACACCAGGAAAACCAAGGAGAAAGCGUCGUCGUGUACAUCUCACAGACUAUUCGGCAAGGAAAAAGCAGCGGGAGAAAGAGAAAGAAAAACUGAGGAAGGCAGGACUUCUGGAAGAUGCUAAUCCUAAGUCAGGGUCGGCUGAACCGGAAGAGAAAACGCAAACGCCACAACCAGAAACACCUGAGCCAGUCAUAAAAGCUCCGUCAGUCAACAAGUUACGUCGUCGUGUACAUCUCACAGACUAUUCGGCAAGGAAAAAGCAGCGGGAGAAAGAGAAAGAAAAACUGAGAAAGGCAGGACUUCUGGAAGAUGCUAAUCCUAAGUCAGGGUCGGCUGAACCGGAAGAGAAAACGCAAACGCCACAACCAGAAACACCUGAGCCAGUCAUAAAAGCUCCGUCUGUCAACAAGUACUCACCAUUACAAUUAAUGGCUGAUCAUCUGCUCCGGAAGGUGAUGUCGAAAGAUCCAGAAGAGUAUUUUGCUUUCCCAGUGACACCAUCAAUGGCGCCUGACUAUCAUGCAAUCAUAGCUCACCCGAUGGACUUCUCAACAAUGCGCCAAAAGAUCGAGGACAAUGCCUAUGAGACGAUAAGUGAGAUGAAAACCGAUGCAGAGCUGAUUGUAUCGAAUGCGCUAACAUACAAUAAUCCUAAUACGGUUUACCAUCUGGCGGCCACGCGACUUUCAUCGAUAGUGAAGUACUACUUCUCGGAGCAGUAUCUUCGCUACAUAUUUCACACACUCCCCUUUGCGAAUCAGAUACCCUUGGAGAAAGCUGGUCUUGCACCUCUUGCUGUCACGACGCAUAAGCAAGAGAAUCGGCGUCGACAAGCGCUUGUAGAUGAUAUGACUGGUGAGGAUUGUCUCAGAAUUGCUGACUCCGCAGUCCGAUCAAGACUUUCGGUUCGCUUGCCAAAUGCUAAACUGGCGUUUUUGGAUAACAAGGAUGGAGCAACUGUUUUAAAUGUAAUUGGUGAGACAGAAAAGAAAGGUUUGAAGCUUGGCGAUAUUGUUGGACCAUUGGAAGAAGGCACGCCCGGCAUGUUAAGUCUUGGAGAUCACAGGUUAUCUGGGCAAUCUAUGGUAACCUACUUGAAUUAUGGACCGUUCUCUUCAUUUGCUCCGCAGUAUGACUCAACAUGGGCCACGCUCACAAAACGAGACUCGGAUCUACUAUUGAGAACGUACGGUGAUCGUUCCACAGUGGCAGAUGUAAUGUCUUUGAGAGACAUGGUAGCCGAUGCAGGAGCUCACUUCGUAAAGGUUGUUGAUGAUCUUCUUGAUACGCUGACAGAUGGUGAACAUUCGAGAGCAAUGACGGAGCUCAAGAAAGGAGAGAAGCGAAGCUGUAAGACACAAGACACCGAAGACUAUCUCAGCCAGUUGUUUCUGAAGUGGAGUCGCAUAGAACCUUUGCGUGGACGUCUCGUUGUGCAGCGCAUAUACGCGGGAAAAAUCUAUCAUCAGUAA